AUGGAGAUUUUCCUUUCAGCAGUGUUCGGCGAACUCGCGACAAGAUCUGUGAGUUUCUUCGUCAACAAAUAUUCCAAGCAGCAGAUGCAGGCUAUGGAGAUCAACCUGGAGAGGGUUCUACUUCGAGCGCAGGUCAUCGUCGAUGAGGCCGAGGGGCGGUGCAUCACAAACCAAGGUAUGCUUCGCCAGGUGAGCAUGCUGAGGGAUGCCAUGUACCAAGGCUUCUACGCCCUCGACACACUCAGGUACAGAGCUUUUGAAAAAGAUUGCUCUGGAGAUCACGAGGUUGCGAAUAACUCAUGGGCUCUGUCAAAAUUCAGCUGUGCAAAACGUCUGUGUCUAUCUAGCAGUAGCAGCACAAAAACUUCACAAGAACUUCAAGUAGAAGAGGCCCUUGACAAUUUGAGAACCAUGAUUCUUGAUGUCAGUGAAACAGUCAUGUUCUUGACAGCAUAUCCUCGCCUACACCGUCAGCCCUACAACAUGCAUCUCCAGAUGGAAAAUUGUAUGUUUGGUCGCCAGAUGGAGAUGGAACUGGUCCUCAACUUCCUGCUGCACACACCAUCUUGUAGUAGUAGACUUGACAGGUUUGAUGUCCUCCCGAUUGUUGGUCCAGGGAGUUGUGGGAAGAGUACCCUUAUUGCUCAUGUCUGCAACGAUGAAAGAGUCCGUGAUCAUUUCUCGCAGAUUGCCUUCUUUUGUCACGGUACAGCCAGAGAUGAAGAUAUAGCCAUUUUGACAGACAGGUAUGCCCAUAACAGGAAACUGUUGAUUGUUUUUGAGGUAGUCGGGGAACUCAGCGAUGAUCUGUGGCAAAGGCUGUGCUAUCUCUCUACAAGUUGCGCCACAAGUGGUAGUAAGAUCAUAAUCACAAGCCGAUCUAACAAGAUCACGGAGCUUGGGACGACGCAGACAAUGACUCUGAAGGAUCUGCCUCAUGAGGCGUUCUGGUAUUUCUUCAAGGUGAUCACCUUUGGAAGCACGGAUCCUCGGAUGCACCCGAGGCUAGCAUAUUUGGCAAUGGAGAUAUCGAAGACGCUGAAAGGAUCUCUGGUUUCUGCAAACAUCACUGCUCGCGUGCUUAAAGCUGAUUUUAGCAUCCAACAUUGGUGCAAAAUUCUGAAAUUUACGAGAGGGUCUGUUGUGGAGAAACAUCAAUCUAUGGUUGGUGCACAUCCUCAUGACCGGUUGACUGAAACUAAACCUAAACCUUUAUAUCUUCGAAGACUGGGUCAAACAAGUGCAGAUCUUUUUAUUUCUAGUCAGUACCAGACAUGCUCUUCUCAAGAGGAACUUCCAGAGAUAACAUUGCAAGAUGUGCUAUAUGGAGGCGUCAAGCCUCGGGGGUCAUUUAAGGUCCUUGCAUGGAAGUCUCCUCUUCCGCCUUACCGUUGCUACAUAUUUGCUUGUGAAAUUCAACAACUACAAACUAGAGUCGUCAAGAGGAGGCGCUCACUGAAUAAUAGUGGCAUUACACGUGUUGGUGUAGAUGCAAGUAUCGCAUAG